AUGAGCAUUUCACGGCGUGGUUCGCAUCCCCCCGUCUGUGAUCAUGCAGCUUCAGGUGUUGCCCCUGAGGUGUUCGUACGUCGUGGUCGUCCGUCGGGCGUUGGGACCACUUGGUUAGAGCUGUGGUUCAUGUCACAUUUCAGCCCCCACCACGAACAUCGCCACUCUCUCCGCCUACAGAUUGUGUCGGUGUGGUAG